UUAGUCAGCUGUUGAAGGGUGGUGUCCAAAUACACGUCUCACAGGUUGACGCUCUCUAAGGUUAAAACGCAAAUCCUUAAGGCAAUGCUUUCGCUGGUUGAAUGUGGCGGAAGCGAUUUUGGGAGCCGGAAACGCGUCAUGAACGUUGGUUUGGACGUCACUUUUACAACACUAAAGUGGACUGAAUAUCAACUAGUUGUUAGCGACAUCUAUAUGUCAUACUACCUUAUGAACAAACACGGUAAGGCCAUAGUAAUGAUAGCAAGUGGUGGAGCUAAAAGCUAAAGUGGUGUCUAAAGGCACGGUGCUUAAUGGGGCGAAGGUAGCGAUAAUCUACUUUUCUUUUAAGCCGUAAAAGUCACUUUCGUUGAAGUUCAUGUGUCUAGGUUUACUUUCAUUUCCAUGGACUGUCGGCAGGGCAAGCUACGAGGCGAGAAAUUCUUUAAACUGUCCUCUAUUUGUGUGUCGUGCCAAAACUGCUGAUAUGUCACACCCCAACGAGGAGUGCGACGGCAGCGCGGUGCCAGGCCGUGCUCAUCUGAUCGAAUUAUAGUUGGGAAGUGCCCUGGAAGUUUUCGUCCUCUUAUCUGUGUCGGCGACGCGCCAAAUAACCACCAUGUUCAACGGCGCCGACAUGCUCGCCAGGCGCACGACGCAAACGACGGUGCCCAAUAUGCCGUCGAUAUUCCCGUUCUGCGAGCACGCGCCCAACUCCGAUCAGAUCGUCGUGCGACAUCGCCGCACCAGCUCGUGCGACGACCUGAGGUUCGACGACGACCAUCAGCAGCCUCGAGAGUGCCCGUCUUCCUCCUCGUCGUUGUCGUCUUCGUUCGGUUCGUUCGCCGCGUCAGCGCCAGUACCAACCGGCGCCGCUGCCGCUAAGCAACCACCGCAGUCCCCGGAAAAGGUCAGGACGAAGUUAAUGUCAGUGUGGAACAACGUUCGCUACGGCUGGACGAUGCGCAAGAAGGCCAACUUCAGCGACGAAGAGGCCAUCUGGCUCCUGGGCGUCAUGUAUCACCGCAAGAUACAGACGAAGAGUUCGACCCCUCUCUGGUCGUGCACGUCGUCUAUGUCCUCGCAGAAGUCUUGGACUCCCAUGACGCUCUCGUCCAGGCCGAUCUGGGGCCAGUCCGAGCCGGCGGUGGCGGACGAGGACGACGGCAGGCUCGCCAGCUACGAGCUGUUCCUCGAGGACUUUUCGAGCCGCCUGUGGUUCACGUACCGGCGCGAGUUCUCGCCCAUCCCGGGCACGGACAUCACCUCGGACUGCGGUUGGGGAUGCAUGCUUCGCAGCAGCCAGAUGAUGCUUGCGCAAGCUUUAAUGACGCACGUCCUUGGCCGCAACUGGCGCUACCGUAGGAACCGCCAGACCGAGGCCUCCGACUACAUGCAUCGCACCAUCGUCAGGUGGUUCGGCGACCGGACGGCCGAUGCAAGCCCCUUCUCUCUGCACAAGCUGGUGCAAAUGGGUCACGAAAGUGGCAAGCAGGCAGGCGACUGGUAUGGUCCGUCCAGUGCCGCCUACAUCCUCAAGGAGGCCCUUGAGGGUGCCUGCCAGAUGGAGCGCCUGCUGUGGGACUUGCGCAUCUACGUUGCGCAGGACUGCACCAUCUACCUGGAGGACGUGCGGGCGCUCUGCCGGGGCACCAGGCCCGACGGAACACCGCUGUGGCGCUCACUCAUCGUCCUGGUGCCCGUGCGCCUGGGCGGCGAGCACCUGAAUGCCACGUACAUCCCGUGCGUCAAGGGCAUGCUGUCGCACCCCAACUGCAUAGGUGUCAUCGGUGGUCGCCCACGCCACUCGCUGUACUUUCUCGGCUGGCAGGGCGAAAAAGUGGUCUACCUGGACCCUCACUAUGUUCAAGAAGCAGUCGAUGUAGGCACACAAGAUUUUCCUCUUGACUCCUUUCACUGUUCAUGGCCACGGAAGAUGUCUUUCUACAAAAUGGACCCAAGUUGCACCAUGGGUUUCUACUGCAAAACGGAGGAGGAGUUUGAGCGGUUUGUGAAGGACGUUAAGCUGCUGGCAGUGCCGAUGGAGUCGCGGCACGAAUACCCUGUCUUCCUCGUCUCCGAAGGGAGCUGCGUGGACCACACGGACACGUCGGAAACCGACGGAGCAGACUUUGCCCACUUCCUCCAGGAUCUAAGGGAGAGCACGGACCGCUCCCACUCGGAAGAGUACAUCAUACUCUGAGCAUCCCUUUUGAUUUGAUCAUAUUUGCCUAGUGCCUGCUCGCCCCACGCUGCUAUCUCACCUGAAAACAUGUUUGCUGCUGAAUAUAAAACUCGGGUUGUCCUAUUAAAAAAAGCCACACACACCCAUAGCCUCCGUAUCCAAUAUAAUCCCAUGCAGUAUCUUAUAUAAACAGCUGCAUGCGUCCUGUAUAAAAGCCUGUGCUAUCUCAUUCGAUCAUGUGUUACUGUAUGAUGUGGAGGAAAUGGGUGCCCCAUAACCUCCAUAUGUGAUACUCGCCCUAUUCCCGCCCAUUUUUAUAAUUGAUCCUGCAUAAAAAAUGCUGUCAUUUUAUGUAAUGUUGCGAGAUUGUUGGAUUAUCCUUGAUAAUCAGUAGCCCCAUAUUUUUACAGGUUUUUAGGCGGGAUCCCAUGCAAACACCUGUAUGAUCCUGCGUAAUCUUUUGUGUUGACCUCCAUGUCCAGUCACCGCAUAUUUUUAUAGGUUUUACAUAGGAUUCCAUAUAUAAAAGUCAUCCUCCGGUCAUCAUCAUAGGGUGUUAUGGGAUUGUUGGAUAUGGAGGUAUUGUGGUCUAUGGUUUUAUUUUGUAGGCUUACAGCACCGUGACCUUGGCUUAUGUUGACCUCUCUUACUAAGAUGAUGCAACACAAUUGAACUUUGAGAAAGUUAGUGGCGGUGUAAUACGGUGGUAAAAAGGAACAGGUUGGGGCACUGGUCAUCGCUCAGGUGGCAUAAAAAUGUGUUUUCCUUUUUCUGCAUCUUAAACAGUGGGAGCUUUUCAGCAUCUGUCCUGUAUUGCAAGAACAUUUUGAUGAUCCGGUGUUUUCAUAAAUGUGCCGCGGACAGAUCAUGGUGUGCAAUUAUCAGACACAUAUCAUCCAAUACUUUGGAUUCUGACUUGCCGACUCCUAAAAUUACAUUAUCGUUCUCAUAUGGGAACAUUGCAGAAUUGUAAAAAGGAAAAAAGAGGGAGAGAGAGAGUUAAUAUUAUUAGUGAUUUUUGUCUUUGUCCUUUGUGCUGGUUACAUUAAAUAUGAUUUCAACCAAACUCUCUCAACCGUUUCCUCCUGUUGUUGUGAGAACGGCUGGUGUCGCGUAAUGUAGGUGCUCACGCUUCACCAUGUUGACCAGUAAUAAAUUGCAUAGUGUGUUUGUGUUAUGUUACAAAAAGUGGCAGAGCUUGAAAAGCAUCUGCUGGUUUUAGAAAUCUUGCUGAAAGAAAUGUGUGGUGGUGGUAUCAUCCUAGGCAGCGCCACCGUCGUUACAAGCACAGAAAUUUGGUUUAACCCAUCCAGGCACUGUGUACACAAUUGCGUACACCAGGUUAGUACAUCAAAAUGAAAACACUGAUGACAAUAUUAAUAUUUAAAAUGUGUCGCAAACAUAUUCAAACACUUUUGAUUAGAGUUGAUCUACAAGAUUGAAUAACAUGUGCAAGUUGUUUUAGUAAAACGAGUUAGAAGGUAGAUGAUGUUUGUGUUCAGUAUCAAUAUGUCAUCACGUAGGCGGUGUCACAUCUUUCAUUGUGUUUCACAAUGUUAUAGGUCUAGCUUAUAUCUCAAGUGGUUAGAUGGGUGCUUUCCAAGUGUGCAAGACAUGAAAUAGCUCGUUCUCAAGUUUGAUGUUCCUGUAUAAAGUUAUCGAAAAAAAUCCGCAUUCUGCAAACUUGACAAAACCUACUGAAGAAUGAAGCAUUUUUCAUCCGUUCUGCAGCAGUAUGCUUUUCACGAUUCUGAAGAUGCAAGAAAUGUGGUGAGAGAAAAUUUUCAAUUGACAGAAUUAAUGGUGUCUGAAGGAGUUAAUGCUCUAAUUUACUCCAAAGAAACACGAUUUAAUGCUAUGGUAAUGCAAUGGAACAUGGCUUAAUUAUAUAUUUUGAUGUACUGUGCUCCCGCAAUGAAACGUGUCAAUUUAGGGCUAAGUAAUGCACAGACUUUUGUUUCCACUGGCCGCUGUUCGUGCCACAUUGACGCGAUUUCGGCGCGUACACUUAGAUCGGAGUCUGCGCCACCUUUGGUGACCAGAUUCCUAGUGACAUGACACGGUACUCUCGAGCACUUUGCACAUAUUCAGGGUUCUACUAACUGCUCCCUGUCGUGUUUCAUUCCGUGAGCAUUGUGCAGAAACAUAGCUUUAUACUGUGGUAAUUUUGAUGCACAGAAACAUGGUUUUAUCCUAUGUUAGUGCACUGAAACAUGGUGAAACAUGGAAAAACACCUACAGGCUGUGAAGUGUCAGUGCCCAUUUAGUGGGACUGCCAAACCAAAGCUUCACAUCUGAAAUCUUGGUCUGCAUUCUGAAUGCAUAGUGUAAGACCUGCUACAAAAGUUAAUGUCACAAUACCAGCCAUCCCUCAAAUAUACUAUAUGUUCCAUGCUUAGGUAAUGGGUCUAGGUGGAGGAACAUUUGAUGCAGCUUGACACUUUUUUCUGCGUUUUUAAUCUCUGCGUUUUUAAUCUCUGUAUAUAAGGGAGCUUUGUAAAAAAUUUGAUAACCUUACCAGACACCUCAUUGCUAUGCAAAAUGCUAACACGUCUUUACACUAACCAUUACCAGCACAUUUUCUUUCAUUGCUGCAUCCAGUCAUCAUUACUGCUACUGAGUUUCUUUUUACACAUUUUAUGAACAUCUUAAUUUGAUUAGAAAAGAGUCUUGAUACAUUUUUCUUCAUAAAUUUUAUGUUAAGGUUUUAUAUAAGCAAGCAGAAGCCAACAUAAUGCUUAGGAAGGCUCUAUUUUUUCACAUGUUUUGUGAUUAGUCGAAGCACAUAUGACUGAAUUCUUUAAUACCACCUUUCUUCUUCAACCUUUCUUUGUAUAUUUUUGCUGCGUUAAAUGCCAGGCUGUUUUUAAAGGGUCCCUCCAACACAAAUUAAACUACUGCUUUUUUUUCCUUGUCUGCACAGAGUGGUGGCUGUAGGUGUCAGCAUUUGUCACAGCACCCAUAUCGCUUAUUUAUUUAUCUGUCCAAGAAAUCAAGAUACUGGUGCUGAUGCCGUCACCACCACACAGCAGUGCGGUGGUGAUUUACACCACUGUAAAAGAAAGCAUUGUCAUCUAUAGUGUCUCUAACUUUUCGUUGAACUUUUUGUUGAACUUUUUGUUGAACUCUUUGUUAAGCCCAAAUUGUGUCUGCAAUGUUCCUAAUCAGUUCCUAUGUGUUAAGGUGCAAUAAGCCUUUCCAUUUAUUAAGCCUUUGUAAUUCUUGCAUGCACACGAGAAACAUGAAGAAGCGUUGCUCAAAAGUAUUGUAUAGGCAUUGACUACCCCCUUUGCAUCUGCUAGUUUUCCUGCAGGCUUGUAAAGACCAUGAGCCUUCUUUAAUACUUGCUAGUGAGGUAGUCGGUUCACCUUACGGAUUAUGUAAGCUUCGGCGGUAAUUAGUCGCACGUAUGAAAAUGAGCCGCCGCGCAGAAGCAGAGAGUUGCAGUGAGCGGCAUUAAUCGUGGUCCAAGCAUCGACACCAGCUGUUUUCUGCCAGCAUUGAGAUGUAGCACUUUCUUCACAGCCCUUCCCUCAGGUUACUUUGCUUAGUUGGGGUAACCGUGUGGUGUCAGUUCUGCCAGCUACCACAGAGUCACAUGAUGAAUGGGCGAACGUGGUGUGUGAGCUUUCCUUAUGUGUGCACAGUAGGCACUUAGCAUUGUGUGCACACGACAAUGUCGGUGGGCAAGUGGAAAGAGGGUGAGAGUUUCCACAGUGACAUCUUCAUGUGAAAAUUCAAGUUGAGGGCAACAUUAUCAUUUGUUUCGAUAUCGAAAUUCCUCUACUGGAUAACCACCAACCACAUGCACCGAUUUCCGUCAUUUUCCCAUUUGCGCUUGCCUCGCGCGCAGCAUUGGAAAAUGUAGUUUAAAUCAUAUUCAGCAAUGUCUCGAAAAGUGUUGGAGGGUCUCUUGUAUGAUAACCUAAGCUCUGAUUUUAUUUUGAUCAUCUUUCUUCCCCCCCCCCCCUGCCUGUUUUUGUACUCCCGAUAUAUGUAUAGCCCGGAAAUCAUGCAAAAAUUUUACUGCCAUGCGAGCACUUUCAAAGUGGGUAUUUGUACUUUCAUUGCACUGAUAUUACUGCACAGUUGCUAAGUUGAGCAAAUUUGCUGUUAGCCAAUGCAAUCUUGCAUAUUGUUUAGUUAAUGACAUCUCACCGAAUAUGCUUUGCUGCACAUAGAAACUCGCAAGGGGAUAUUUCUGUAGAAUGGGUAGUGGCUCGUUGCUUUUUUGCUGUCAUUUCGACUACGUAGCCAUUGUCUGCAGAUUGCCGCAGCUGCUUAAAAGGAGUGAUGACACAUUGUAUUCGACCUGCCAUUCUCGUGUGAAAUGAAAUAUGCCCCUAAAGCCCUCGAAAAAUUAUUGGCAAGUGUUGUAGAACCGUAAAUAUUUUACUAUAAUACUUGUUUUGCAUGAACCCGUUUCAUUGUCAGGGGGGUUAGGUGCAUUGCGACGUCAAAUUUCCCAGGUUUGCUGCAGCCGAUAAACACGAGGGCUGUCAGGAGAAAUGGGCAAAGCAUUCUCAUUUUCUUUUUAUGAGGGAAGUCAUCGUAGCUAGCCUUAUUGCUUCACAAUAGUAGAACUCUCUGUGUCGUGAUGUCACAGUAAUGUUGAUGUCACCAGGUCUGAUGUUCUGACAACCAGCUUUAGCAUCAAACUUAAACAUCUCCUAAGUGUUUCCCAAGCUCCAUAUUUUGCCAGGUGUCAUUCUUUUACAUGUGAGAAGCAAAUGGGUAGAAAUUCUACAGGCUCGAAAGUAUCUGUCAGAGCUCCUGUAAUGCUUUGAGCAAUGAGUUCUGUCGCACAAAGAAUGCGACAGAACAUAGUCCACAUACUUUAUUGACGUUUACUUUAUCCUCAUAUGCAUACAACCCACUGACCCAUGCAUAAUCCUGUUGUAGAAAAAAAAUAUUACGAUAGCCUGUGCUGAAUAUAAAAGUACGGAAUGAUGCCUAAAUCUACAAGAACCUUGCACAAUUAUAGGCACAACACAAAAGCUCUGCAAAUAGGAUCUCAUUACCACUUGAAAUGCUGUUUCUAUAGCAGCAUAAUAUUGAAGCACACAGAAAUUGUUCUGCGAGGAAAAAAUUCAUGCCUAAUUACACCUCCACUUCAUGAAGAUAAACCUUUUUUGCUUUGGGUUAUACAGCGAGAAAAUACGGUGUAUAAAGAUUCUGGGACCCUUCCUUCUGUAUUUGUGACACAUAAGACGGGAUCAUGCCGUAAGACUAAUCUCUGAUGCCAAGGCUAGAGCUGCUGUACAGCCUGAUCUCAUAUCAUGUUGUGAUAAAUGUGUUUGCUACUAGACACUUUGGCGUCUCUUUAACCGGAGAAGCAAUGUCCAUCCAGGCCCAUGCAACAGGCUUUAAUGUAUAUGAAUUUGGAAUUUCUAUUUGUUAAAGAUAAAACAGGGGAAAGAGUUGUUUCUGAAGUUUGUGCUCCCUUCCUAAGCCCUUGCCUCUGGGCGUGCAAGGCUGGGUUAAUGUCCUGAUUCUAUUCCUUGUGUUGCUUUUUUUUUCAUGCUGUAUCAUUGGGUUGAUCAGCAUUAUGCUCACAUUGCCAUUAGGAUCGGACAGUCACGAGCAGUGGAUGAUAAGAAAGGAAUUGAAUUGAGCGAAAGGAAUCUUUACAUUACGCUAGCACAGGAGCUUGCGCCUCUUUUGGAGGCACUUUCUAGUCCAUUUCUGAUUCUUUUUUUCGCUGAGUAAUAAUGAUAAGCCAACUGCCCUGAUAGCUACCUGGAAGUUUCAUCUCCUGCUAUCGGAAUAUUGUGCGACAACAAAAUAGUAACACGUGGCUAAAUGCUGGACAUUUUGCAUGUGAUAGUUAUCUAUGCUGAAACGUCGAUUGACCGGAGCAACAAUUCUCUGGAUGCUCUAUUUGCUACAGUUUGUUCCUGAGGAACGUGGGGUAAUUCCUAGCUUGAACUUGUCGUGCCGUCAAUGUUGUAGCUCUAGUCACUGCCUUUCUGAGGAAAGGUAUCCAUGGUUGUGCAAGGAUAUCUUGAUUCACAGCCACCAUGCUGCGGCUGUAAUGAGUAGCUCUACAAGAAGCCCCUCACACAGACUGUUGCCUUGUGAAAUCAGUAGUUCAAUUUAUUGUAGUAAUGCUUAGGGUAAGCACUAAUCAUCUUUGGCGGGUAUUUUAAGUUCACUAAGCGUGGUAAAGGAAUGACUACAGUGCAGUACUGUAGCCAUAGCACAACACAGUAGGAAUUUACACACUUUUUGAGGUGUACUAUUGUUGUAUAGCAGUAACAGCGAUUUUAUUCUACAGUACCUCUCAUUAACAGAGGAUUUAAGCCUGAUGUAUGCAUAAUAUUGUUGCCUAUUUUCACGACACUGGGCAUGUAGAUAGGAACAGCAGUGUUGGUAGUAUUGCUUUCAUGUGCAAUGUGUUAAAUUGUUUUAAUGACUGCGUAGCCCUUCUCCAGAAGAAGUGAGAAAUCAGAAGAAAAAACCUUCGUACAGAUUGUGGCGCUGCUCACACUACAACACUAAACACUGCAGUAACUCAUGGUUGAACAUAUUAUCACAUGAAGUUUCUAUCUAUGUCACUGGUGUUGUGUUACUGUGGUAACAGAGGUGCAUACUAUGCAUCAGGUUAAAACUCAAUAGUAAUAGUAGUGCAAGUUGUCUUACUUUAAAUAACGGUGUUGGUGUGCAAGUGGCUAGGAGACCACAGCAACAAAUGAAGGUAAAGUAUGUAAGAAUGGUGAUAAUUGUACCCUUGCGAGACAAGCUUAUGAUACGGGCAGUGCUUGUAUUUGUGUCAUGCCUUCCGAGUUUGUGGUUUUUUUCUUGUGCAGUAGAUGUUCAGUGCUGAAAUAGCCAACUAUCCCAGUUUUACCUCUCAUUAAACGAUUCUGAGAAGCCCGUUUCUUUCACAAAAGCACACCUCAAAUAGUGCAACAUUUCUUUCACUGCUUUGUGCAGCCAUGAUGUGGCUGAGGGCGUAUUUUUUUGUUUUUAUUUCAUAAAUAAUGUUUUGCAUGCAGCUGUGUAGAAAACAAUUCACUGUCUUCAUAAUACUAUUGUUGAUUUUAAACAAUAAAAAUUAUAUAUUUUGUAAAUGUUAUGGAAGCCAAGUGGCAGCCGUCGCAAACUUGUUUCGUUGCUGCUCAUAGUUGGAGUGUCAAUUGUUAUCCUGAUUUAGUUAUACAACUGUAGCAUGACUGCUCUUUAUACAUCAAUAAAUGACUAAACCGAGAGACAUACUCUGGUUUGUUCUCUCUCAAGUGGUACCUGCAUUGCAAGCUGUUUGCAUAUUAUAUUUUUAUUUGAAUAAAUGAUUAUAACACAAA